CUGUGCGAGGCGGGGGCGGGCAGCACGGUACCGCAGCGCACCGCCGGCACCGCACCGCCCCGGCUCUUCGGCGCCGCCUCCAGUCCGCGGGGCCGCGCACCCGCGGCAGGGACGGGGGCCGCGGAGGCCCCGCCGGCAGGUAGGCUGGGGCUGCGGCCUCCGAGCGGCGAGAGCCGGCCGGCCUGAAGGGCCGCAGCGGGACAGCGCUAGAGUGCUUCACGGCCACAGCAGGGUAUUAAACAAUAUUAGAGGAAACCGACAUCAAGUCCUAUAAUUUCCACGCAGCUGGUUGGAAAAGCAGUUGUCACUGCCCUCUGGGUGCAGCAUGGCAUUUGGACUUGGUGUUCUCUGCCUGUUACUAUGGGCAAUAACAGGUUCCUAUUGUGAGCAAUGCAGAGAAGGAGCCACGUAUGCAGGUGCAGUAAUAUCUCCCAACUUAGAGACUGCUAAAAUUAUGCGAGUUCCUCAUGCUACGUCAGUGUCUGACUGCAUCACAGCGUGCUGUGACCUCUCGGGUUGUGACUUGUCCUGGAUGUUUGAACGGCGCUGUUACAUUGUGAACUGCCAACACAAAGAGAACUGUGAACCUAAAAAAAUUGAAACAGUGAAGUCCUAUCUAAUCUUUGUGCUGAGGCCUUCUCAGAGGCCAGCCUCGCUGCUGGGAUUUGGACAGGUGAUCCCAAGCAUGGUCCACUCUGUGGGACGCCAGAAUGAGCCAUCUGAGGAAGUGAGUAGCCUGAAGGAGCUGUCUUUGCUUGGCAAAGAUCUCAGCCUUGAGGAGAUACCUGAAUACAUGGAUGACUAUAAAGACUUGGAGCAGGACCCAUUCCAAGUGAGCAUCAAACAUGAACAGAAGGAGAGCACGGAUUAUGCUGACUGGGGCCUGAUGGUGGCAGGUGAAAAUGGUUUCAACUCUUCAGUGGUUGAUGAUGGAGAUAAUCAGGAAGACUUUCCUGAAAAGGAAGGGGAAGCUGUAAAAGUGGAAGGCCUUCUGAAUAAAAACAGCUCUGAAGCGAGCUCUGUUAGUGAACAGCACUACAUAGAGAGGUUGUCUUCUCUCCCAGAGAUUACACCAUUACCUGGGAAGACACCUGGAAGCAGAGCAGCUGUUCAGCUGCUUGCACAACCCAAUGAUGCUUUGCAAGAAGAGGUUCCUACGCAUUCCCUUCUUUCAGACGAAGUGGAAUUCUCCCCAGGUGUGUCAGAGAAAACCCAGACUCCCACAGUGGCCCCAGAGAACAUCACCGAAGGUGGGGUCGUGCUGCUUCCCACUAAUAUUGUGCCAUCUGAGCCCAUGCAGCAGUUCCCAACUCCUGCUACUGCUCCUAAAGCAGAUAUAGUAAAAGAACUUGUUGUAUCUGCUGGAGAUAACAUACAAGUGAUGCUACCCAAAAAUGAGGUUGAACUGAAUGCCUUUGUUGUCCCGCCACCGCCUACAGAAACAGCCUACACCUAUGAGUGGAGCUUAAUCAGUCACCCUGCUGACUAUGGUGGUGAAAUGGAGCACAGGUACACCCAGACGCUGAAGCUGUCUCAUUUAUCGGUGGGACUUUAUGCCUUCAAAGUGACGGUUUCUGGUGAAAAUGCCUUUGGAGAAGGUUUUGUAAAUGUCACUGUCAAACCAGCAAUCAGAGUUAAUCAGCCACCUGUAGCAGUUGCUUCACCCAAAGUACAAGAAGUUUCUUUGCCUACAACUUCCACCUUCAUUGAUGGCAGUCAAAGUAUAGAUGAUAUGAAGAUAGUGAGUUAUCACUGGGAGGAAAUUAAAGGCCCUUUGCGAGAGCAGAAGGCGUCUGCUGACACACCUGUCUUGCACUUGUCUAAGCUUGUUCCUGGAAACUACACUUUCAGGCUCACAGUGAUUGAUUCAGAUGGAGCAGCCAACUCCACAAUUGCAUCUCUGACUGUCAACAAACCAGUGGAUUACCCACCUAUUGCUAAUGCAGGACCUAAUCAGGCAGUCACCUUGCCCCAAAACUUCAUCACACUGAAUGGAAACCAGAGCAGUGAUGACCAUGAAAUUGUCAGCUAUGAGUGGUCACUCAGUCCCAAAAGCAAAGGCAAGGUGGUAGCAAUGCAGGGAGUGCGGACUCCGUACCUCCAGUUAUCUGCAAUGCAGGAAGGAGAUUAUACUUUCCAGCUGACUGUCACAGACUCGGCAAGGCAGCGCUCCACAGCUGAGGUCACUCUGAUAGUACAGCCUGAAAAUAACAGUCCUCCAAUAGCAGUGGCUGGCCCUGACAAGGAGUUGACCUUCCCAGUAGAAAGUACAACACUGGAUGGAAGCAGAAGCCAAGAUGACCAAGGCAUUGUCUUCUAUCACUGGGAAAAUAUCAGUGGGCCAAGCUUUGUACAAAUGGAAAACGGUGACAAAGCAGUAGCAACUGUGACUGGUCUACGGGUUGGCACCUAUCGCUUCAGGCUGACAGUAAAAGACCAGCAGGGUUUAAGCAGUGCAUCUGUGCUGUCUAUUACUGUGAAGGAAGAAAACAACAGUCCACCCCGGGCACAUGCUGGUGGGAAGCAUGUGCUGGUGCUUCCCAAUAACUCUAUUACCUUGGAUGGCUCAAGAUCUUCCGAUGACCAGGGGAUUGUGUCAUAUUUGUGGAUUCGGGAUGGUCAAAGCCCAGCAGCUGGGGAUGUGAUCCGUGGCUCAGACCAUGAGGCAGUACUGCAGCUAACCAAUCUGGUGGAAGGAACCUAUACUUUUCACUUGAAAGUGACAGAUGCCAAAGGAGAUUCAGAUAUUGACUCUGCCACUGUUGAAGUGCGGCCUGAUCCCAAAAGGAGUGGUCUGGUGGAGCUGAUUCUGCAAGUUGGAGUGGGACAGCUGAGUGAACAGCAGAAGGACACCCUGGUGAGACAGCUGGCUGUAUUACUGAAUGUCUUGGAUUCAGAUAUCAAAGUUCAGAAGAUACAAGCCUACUCAGAUAUAAGCACUGCAGUUGUAUUCUAUGUCCAGAACGGGCAUCCUUCCAAGGUGUUCAAGGCAUCGGAUGUCUCUCGAACUCUGCAUGUGCAGCUUUUGAAAGAGAAGGCUGACUUUCUGCUUUUUAAAGUCUUGCGGGUUGACACGGCUGCAUGUCUUUUAAAAUGCUCUGGACAUGGACACUGUGACCCUAUAACAAAGCGCUGCAUUUGCUACCAGCUGUGGAUGGAAAACUUGAUUCAUCGUUACCUAAAUGAUGGCGAGAGUAAUUGUGAGUGGAGUAUACUCUAUGUGACUCUAUCUGCUUUUAUUUUGAUUGUGGUCACAAUAGGGCUUGCCUGGUUCUGCAUCUGCUGCUGCAAAAGCAGAAAGAGGACAAAGAUAAGAAAGAAAACAAAAUAUACCAUCCUAGAUAACAUAGAUGAGCAGGAGAGAAUGGAGCUGAGACCCAAAUAUGGUAUAAAACACAGGAGUACAGAACACAAUUCCAGUCUGAUGGUCUCCGAAUCAGAGUUUGACAGUGAUCAGGACACUAUCUUCAGCAGAGAAAAGAUUGAAAGAGAGAAUCCUAAAACCCUCCUGAAUGGAUCAAUCAGAAAUGGAGUUUCUUUCCACUACAACUCCAAAGACAGAUAACUGAAUGAGGGAGCUGGGAACCCGAAUACUUGACUGCAGUAGAUCUGAUCUCCCCACCAAAUGCUGAGAUCCAGGGCUUCACACCACAUACAGGCCUCUCACAUACUACAGGAAUACAUUCUUCUUACAGUAAGAAGACUCAACGGGACAAACUUCAGCCAGCCCUUAAUAUUAUGUUCUAUAUGCUCUACUCUCCAGCUUUUUCUUCCACAGCAUCUUUUCUUUACUGCUUCUGCUAAGUAUCUAGUGUGCCUUUGUCCAUGAACUUAACUUUUAGUACGUGUCAGCGCAGUCAGCAUCCUUCAGUUUUAUGAAGUCAGUCACUUGUGUAUUGGGUUUAUUUUAUGUUUUUAAAGCCUGGUGCUGAAGCCUAGGAGAUGGUUCUUUCAAGGAAUUAAAAAAAAUUUCUCCCACAUGGACAUACUUACUUCGAUCUUCAGAUCAGUGGCAAGCUCACGUAUCGUGAGAAUGUCUGCACAAUUUGUCCAAAUAUUUCUCACUCUUCACAAGUAAGAAGCUAGUCUAAUGUUUCUUAUUGCUUAAAGCCUUACCAAGUUGAAGCUGCUUACUGAAUUCUGUUCUCUAGAUGACACUUUGACGUUUUAGUGGCUAACAGUAUUUUUAGCUGUGUUUUCAAAGCUGGAUUUUUGAGCAGCUUCUAGUUCUACUGGUUUAAUUCUUCCAUAUCCUUGGAAGGAAAAGCCUUUCAUCAUACAUAAUACCAGGCUUACUAUUAGUAUGAAACUUGCACCAAAGUUUAAAAUAACAGUUUCUGGCUCUACGAAUUUGUGAUAUCACAUUAGUGUCAUUUGGCCAAGCAUGAUUUUGUCAAGAAUUUAGGAGUGUAUAAAGCAAGCCUUUAUCUCGAUUCAGUGUAAUAUUUAUUUCUAGAAAUAUCGUUUUCCUAGACUUUCCUAGAGCAUGUCAGGUAGAAGGAAGGGGUAGGAAAGUUAACUCUUAAGCUGAAAACACUAUGGCAGAAUUCAGGACUGCUGCUAGCUUUCUGUUUUGGGUAAUGAUGGUUUAAGCCAGUACUCAGUCCUCACAUUUCCACACAAUUUUCUUUUAUGCACAGAUUGCUGGCAUCUCCUUUCUGAAAUAGGGAUGCACUGCAUCCCAGCAGUGUCCUCUGCUCUUCUGAGAUACAGCUCAAUAUGUAGGGUGCAAAGUCCUUUGAAAAUAAAGAAUAAAUUGGCAAUUUAGCACUGGUAAGAUGCUCUCUUAGUAGGUGGUGUGCCAAUACUUAGAGUGCAUCAUAGCCUUGGUGCAAGUACUUGAUUUUCACUUGCAUCUUCGUUCUAUGUUUAUAGGUGCUGAUACAUGCACAAAUAGAGGUUGUCCAGCUGUGUAAAAAGGCUGCCUUCAUUGCAUUUUAAGAAGGGAAUAUAUUUAGAAAAAAACUUUCUUGCCAUUACUGCCUGAUGAGUUAAUCAUGUUCAGUACUCAACACUGCCAUGCUGCAAACAGUUUUGUGUUUUUAAUUUUUUUUAACCAAAAUACAGCUGCUGUACAAACUGAAACUUACUUGGGCAAGUCUGCUGAAGUGCGCAUACAAAGCCUCUUGUCCUCUGGUUCAACCUUUCAUUUUAACUGAGUAGACUGAUGAGAAAUCCAAGCAAAAUGUGAAGUCUAGUUAUAGAGGCCUUUACUUGGGGAGGGGAAAAAAAAAAAAGAUUGUUACAGUUUCAUGUGAGAGAAUACACUUUCAACUGCAUCCUUUCAGGUAAACAGGAGUCAAGUAUCUCCCUCUGACAGACAUACAGCUACUCAUCAAGUACCUGUUCUGUGCUGUCAGAUGUGGUUGCUUUUAUGAUGGCUUUUUUUUUUCUUGUUUUGUUGCAGCAAACAAAAGGUUCAAGUUCAUCAUGUGUGUAUUUCUUUAGACUAUACUAAUGUUCUUGAAAUAAUUUUCUUAGGCAAAUUUCCUAUUGCUCUUUUAAGCCUCACGUGAAACUAGUUUUGCCCCUCAAUAUACUGAUAAUGGGCUGUAGUCAGCUGGAGCAUUCAGAUGACAGUUACAAAAUGACAACUACUUCAGUCCUUUGAGCCAUUUUUAUGAGGAUUGAGAGAGGAAAACCUUCCAAUGAAAGAUGGGAAACAGGGUAGAAGUGAAUUAGUUUCUUAACAUCAGCUAUGGCCUAGUAUUGGUCCAUAACUAGAAUACUACUCAAAAACAAAACAAAAAAACCCUAUUACAUACAGUUUUUUGGUCCUGAACUCCCUGUGGCAACCUUGAAGCUGAGAAAUAAAAAUGAAAACAAACAAAACUUUAUUUUGCGUAGGUUACGUAUCAAGUGCAGAUGAGCCACAAAUCAGUAGUUUGUCUCUGUAUGGAAGCACUUCUCCCUGUGGGUGGAUGGGUGAGCUAUUGCAGAUUUUAUAUGAAGAAUCUGUUUCUAGAAAGUGUUACUUAUUGCAAAUGAGAAUUUAUUGUAACUGGAACUAUUUCUGAGCUGAAACUAUUACAUUUAUGUAACUAUUAGUUAAAUAAAAAAUAAAGUUUUGUCUCUCCUUCUGA